AUGAACUACGGCCGAGAUCCAGAUGCUCUAGAGCGCUAUUACAUCUGUAGGGGCACCAAGAAGUUUUAUACAAACUUCAACAUCUCGGUAGAGCUUAAUCGAAAAACAGAUUCCACACAAUUGUCAAAUGCUCUCAGAGCCAUGAUUUUAAAGACGCCUAAUCUUUCGUCUAAUGCGUUUAGAGAUGAUAAUUCGGACGAUGAAAAGUGCAAGGGACUCAACUUUAAGGUUAAUUACCUCAAGAAAAUUGAAUUUGAAACGGCAGUCUCGUUUGAAAAGUUUGAUAAAUUGGACGGUGAGUUCUUUACCCUGCUUGACCAAAGAUACUGUCCAAUAGGUGACCAGCUCCCGUUAUGGAGAUUGGUGGUGUUUGAGAAUUCCAAAACCCAGAUUCUCAGUUUCUAUUGUGAUCACACGUUUUUUGAUGGAACAAGUGGUGUUCUAUUCAUGAAGGACUUGGUUAAGGAAUUGAACGAAUGCUGGAAAUCGCCCAAUCUUUCUUAUCAGCCAGUCUUGUUUGACUUUGAGAAAGAUGCCCCCAGCUUGGGUAGGAUCCCUCGUGGAGCUUUCUCGGGCCUGUCUUUGUAUAAGCUUUCCAUUCUUGAAGCGGUUCGGAUCGCAUUUUAUGAAUUGUGCGUGCCUUCUUUUGUGAAGAAAUUUCUUCAAUCCUACAUUUGGGGUGGCCCAAAUUUGUUCCAAAACCCCUUGUUUGUAUCUGGGUGUCGAGGUACGGCAGUCCCCAAAACUUGCGUCCGACCAGUUUCUUUAACGAAGGAUUUGGCUGGACCACUUCUCCAACUUUGCAAAGCCCACAAAGUGACAUUUACGCCUCUUUUAACCACCUUGACGUUGUACUCGUUUCAGCAGACAGUGAAGAAGAAAUUGAGUUUGGAGAACACCUCGUCAAGAAUCAACAUUGAUAUCAAUGGAAGAAGGUACCUACCAGAAUAUGUGAACAGAUAUGGCCUUUGCAUGUCCACAUCUAUAAGUUUGGUUGCUCCAAUAUCAUCCACUGGUAAGUGGUUUGACAAAAAUUCACCGCUCAGAAAGACAAGCAAAACGUUACUUGACGAUAUCGCUUCCAGAUACCCUUUCAGGUUUGGAGGUAUUUUGAACUACGUCAACCCUUGGAGUUUUGUGGAGAAGCAGCGAGACCUGACUGAUUGGAAGACUUUGGACUGUUCCAACGUUGGCGUUCAGGAUAUCUCUUGUGGAGACUGGUCUGCUACUUCUGCUUGGUUUAGUCAAUCAACUGGAAUGACACUGAACUUGGUACUUUCAUGCAUCUCCGUUAAUGGAGUGAUCAACAUAUGCUUUGGAUUUGCGUCUGGUUUAGUAGACUUGGUCGGAGAAGAAACCAUCGAUGCCUUCGAGGCUCACUUUAAAAGGACCAUUCAUGAAUUGAUAGAGACUUGA